AUGACGGUUUCCAAGGCCAGAAGGCUCGAAGACUUCAUCAGAUUUGUCAAAUUGAAUUCUCCUUAUUACGCCCAGUCCUGGAAGCUGUGUAAGACUCUUGAAGAUGCGUCGGUGUCUUUAAGGGAUUUGCCCGUCGUUGACCAUGAGUCUUUCUGGGCAUCAAACACAUGUCGAAACAGAACAACCACACACCCCAAAGUGUCGUUCUAUAACCAGAAGGAACUUCAUGGCCUUUCGACACAACUAGCAGAGAGCUUGGGACGCUGCGGAGUCGGCGAGGGAGACAUGGUUGCCAAUCUGUUCUACGCCGGCGACCUCUACGGCAGCUUCUUAUUGCACAUCCUCUCUGUCUAUCAUCUUCCGAGCGGUGCAGUCCAGCUUCCCAUAGCUGGACACGUAUCCUUGGAGUCUAUGGAACGACAGAUCGUUGAGUUCGAGGCAACGGUCAUCCUCGCCACGGUGACUACCAUGUCGCAACUCUCAGAACGCAUCCUCAGCAGUGGCAAGACCCACUCAUAUGUCCGCCUGCUGCUUUUCUCAGGGGAAGCAUUCUAUGAUGAUCAGGCCGGGCUGCUGAAAGUUGCCUUCCCGAAUGCAACAAUCAGAUCGGUCGUCUACGGGUCUAUGGACUGCGGAAUCAUCGGCUUACCACCGAAGCCAGAGCACUACACAAACGACACCAGGCUUCACCAAGUCAACGAUCCAAACAUCAUCGUGGAGAUCAUCACUGAAGACGACAAGGUCACUACUACCCCAGGAGAGGUCGGCAGCUUGGUCGUGACCAACCUGGAGCGUCAACUCAUGCCCAUUGUUCGCUACCCUUCUGGAGAUCGGGCCGCUUGGGUUGACCCAGCUCUAGGCCUUUUCCGUGUCCUCGACAGGGACCGCACGGCCAUCCGCCUCGGACCCGUUUCCGUCGACUUCGUGGACCUCCGGCGCAUAGUGUCCACGAUCCUCAGAGGCCGACCAGUCCGGCGUUUGCAAGCCAUUGUCACACGAGAAGACAGAAAAGACCUCUUGACACUGAAUGUCGCAUUUACCCCGGCUACAGAUGAGGAGAGUUCACAGCUGCAGGCGGAGCUGAGGGAAGAGAUGGGCGAGGUGCGUCCCAUGUUUCGGGAACACGUCGAGAAGGACCUCAUCAACCCGUUGAGGAUUAAGUUUAUUACCAUGCAGGAACUCGCUGUUAACCCAAGAAGUGGAAAGAUUGUCGAAGUACAGGAUCUUCGGUCGACCACUAUUUAG